AACUUUGACAAAUUAAAAAUUAAGAUGGCGAGCGGCCGUGAACGUUUGGCGAGGAAGUGCUCCGUCAAACGUGGCCGUUCUCUCAUCAACGACGAGCUUCAGGCACGUUUCAAACAAAUCAAGACAAUCUUACAGAAACGUCCUGAAGACUACAGUCAGGAAGAGUUAAACGCAUUGGGUGAAUCGCCAGAAAUGGUUGUCGAAGUGAAGAAGAGAGCCUUGCGCCGGGAUAAUGUGAAAGCUAGGAUGGCCGAAAUAUGUGAUUCACCCAGCGAAAUAUUAGAUAAGGCAGCAAAGUUGGCAGUUGCCAUCAAAAACGCCAAGUUCCUAGUUGUUUAUACGGGGGCUGGUGUAAGCACGGCUGCGUCCAUACCAGAUUACAGAGGACCUAAUGGCAUUUGGACUAAAUUAUCUAAAGGGGAAUCAAUCCAAAGCUGUGCAAACCUUUCUGAUGCAGAACCAACAUUGACACAUAUGAGUUUGUUGAAGUUGUAUGAAGAGGGACAUGUGAAACAUGUUGUGUCUCAGAACUGUGAUGGCCUUCAUUUACGCAGUGGAUUGCCUGUUGAGGCUUUAUCAGAAGUACACGGAAACAUGUAUAUGGAAGUAUGUACUGAAUGUGAUCCGGAGCGUACUUACAUUCGUACAUUUGACGUAACAGAGAGGACAGCAUUACGUCGACAUAACACGGGAAGGAACUGUCAUGUCUGCGGGGCGAAACUUCGUGACACUAUAGUUCAUUUUGGGGAGAAAGGAUGCCUUGAAUGGCCUUUAAAUUGGCAGGGUGCUAUUGAUGCGGGUAAAGCAACAGACUGUAUUCUUUGCUUGGGUUCUAGUCUUAAAGUGUUAAAAAGAUACAGCUCAUUGUGGGGGAUGACUCGUACGAAAGCAAGAAGACCUCAGUUAUACAUUGUAAAUUUACAAUGGACACCUAAAGAUACAUCGGCAACCUUAAAAAUUCAUGGUCGAUGUGAUGAAAUAAUGCAAAUUGUCAUGGAUCGUCUUGGCUUGUCAAUACCUGAAUAUAAAAGGCAAAAGGAUCCAGUGUUUCACUUGUCUACUCCAUUGCGAAAACACGAAAUACACACAAAAAGCACCAAAAAUCUUGAGCUUGAAGCAGCUCUGCUUGUCAAACAAAUUGAGUCGAAGGAAGAAAAAGAAAAACUUUGUUUGGAAAACAACACCGAGGGCGACGUCGAUGAGAUGGAAGGGUGGGUUGACAAUGGACUUUUGGGAGCAGGAUGGUACGGAAAGGGUUGUGCAAAGUUAAAGAAAACGAAAAAGCGGAGAAAAUUGAAAUGAGAUUUGGGGGGGCGUGUCAUUGGAGUAAAAUAUGGUCAAGCUGUAUCAGCGAUUUUUUAAUGCUUGCUUUUAAACUUGUACAUAAUUUUGAUCUGCCUUUCUUGAAAGGAACGUUUGAAUUGUUUGCGUAAAUUACAUACGUAUGACUAGGACAGUUUUUAUCAUGCAUUUAAAUGUCAUCAAUAAAAAUUUCGGUUUUUGAACGUCAA